AUGGAAGUUUUUCAAGAUGUGGCGGUCAAGAUCGUUCUGGUUGGAGAGGUGACGAUACCACCACGAGCACUCGCUGCCACCCACCCACCACACAACACCACUCACCACCCCACGCACGCGCCUCCACUCCGAUUACUCACCGCCGGAACGGCGAAUGGCAGCCCCGCGGCGGCCGGCGGCGGCGAAGGCGAGGAAUGGAGGAGGGGCGGGGAGGACGAGCCGGUGGAUGGCGGCUGACGGGAGCAAGCGGUGGGGGGAGACGUUCUUCCUGCUCUACACGCCCUUCUGGCUCACGCUCUGCCUCGGCGUCGUCGUCCCCUUCAAGCUCUACGAGAGGUUCACGGAGCUGGAGUACCUAGUUGUUGGGUUGGUGUCCACAGUGCCUGCCUUCGUCAUCCCGCUCUUCCUCGUAGGCAAGGCAGAUAGUGUUAGAAGUUUGAAAGAUCGGUAUUGGGUUAAGGCUAAUAUUUGGAUUAUAAUUUUCAGCUAUGUUGGUAAUUACUUUUGGACGCAUUACUUCUUCACAGUUCUUGGUGCAUCAUACACUUUCCCAUCAUGGAGGAUGAACAACGUACCCCAUACAACAUUUCUCCUGACCCACGCUUGCUUUCUUUUCUAUCACAUGACAUCAAAUAUGAGCCUUCGCAAAUUACAUCAUUCUACAGCUCAUUUGCCCCAGUUUCUUCGAUGGUCAUUUGAAGCUGCAUGGGUUUUAGCACUCUCAUACUUCAUAGCUUACCUGGAAACCUUAGCCAUUGCAAAUUUUCCGUAUUAUGAAUUCAUCGACAGGGAUAUAAUGUACAAAGUAGGCUCACUGUUUUAUGCAAUAUACUUCAUCGUCAGCUUCCCAAUGUUUUCAAGGAUCGAUGAAAAUGAAGAGAAGUGGAGCCUUUCCAGAGUGGCCGUCGACGCCUUGGGUGCAGCUAUGCUUGUAACAAUAAUCCUCGACCUGUGGCGCAUAUUCUUGGGGCCAAUUGUACCCAUCCCUGAAUCAAGACGCUGCGGUCAACCGGGGCUUGCAUGGUUCCAGGUGCAGAACGAGAGCGUCUAACCCAGCAAUGCCGCGAAUUCGACAGCAAACCAUCAUCAGCUACGCCUACCAUUCUCCAGCCAGUCCUCCCCUCUACUGGAAGUUCUAGUGUGGCGUCAGCAUGUGCGCCUCUUGCUGUCAGCUUGAUUUGUUUCUUGUAUGCGAUGUCCCAUGGGUAACAACUAGUAAGGAUGCUGAUAUGGUUUUCUUGAUCUAGAAUACUAGGAUUUAUGAGCCGACAGCCGGACAGAUACUCCAAUAAGCUAUAACAAUAAAGAUUCUUUGAUGUGAUCAGAAGUUGAGUUGUGUUGGAUUUGCUA